AGCAUUUUUCAUUCUUAUUUGACCAAAUAAAUGACUGCACCGGGCUUUACUUGACAGAACCCAUCCACGUAUCAGCAGAGAUAGAGAGAGACAGAGAGAGAAUUGUGGACAUUGUUGUUAUAGAUUUGGGUACACGCCAGUUGAGUUGACUAGUUGGUAUAUAUAGGAGUCGGUGGUCCGGACGUCACUGUCCAUGUCGUCCACCGGAGUUUCCCCCUACCGAGACCGGACUUUGGAGUUCCGAUCUCUGUCAGAGACAUUACAGAAGACCGGAGGACUCGCGUCCUCAAACGGAUCGCAAACCACUCCGUCGACGUCGAAACUUCCGGCGACAUCUUACAGAUCCGAAUUCAACAAGAGGGCUUCGCGGAUCGGAUUGGGCGUACACGAAACCUCUCUUAAGAUUUCCAGGCUCGCCAAACUGGCCAAAAGGUCAUCACUUUUCGAUGAUCCAAUUAAGGAAAUUCAAGAAUUAACUGCCUUGAUAAAAGAUGACAUAACAGCACUUAAUGUGGCAGUCUCCGAUUUGCAAACCCUGCAAAACCUGGAGUUAGCUGAUGGAAAUUAUUCAGAAGAUAGAGCUGUUCAUUCUACAACUGUUUGUGAUGAUUUGAAGAACAAACUUAUGGGGGCUACCAAACAGUUUCAGGAUGUACUGACCACUAGAACAGAGAAUAUCAAGGCUCACGAGAAUAGGAAACUGAUAUUUUCUACAAAUGUAGCAAGAGAGAAUCCUUUGAGCAAUCCUCCGAAAACUGUGACUGAACCACCUCCUUGGUCAAAUUCAUCUGGCAGUUUGCAACAGUCACCACCAGAUGGGGUUCAAGUAGGCAGCCAAUUGAGACGAAGGUUAGCUACAGACAACACUCCAUCCCACCAUAUGGAAAUGUCCAUGCUGCAGCAGGUGGUGCCACGGCAGGAGAGUUAUUCACAAAGUCGAGCAGUAGCCCUUCAAAAUGUGGAAUCCACAAUUUCAGAACUCGGUGGGAUUUUCACGCAUUUGGCUACAAUGGUAGCGCAACAAGGGGAAUUGGCUAUCAGGAUUGAUGAUAACAUGGAAGAGUCAUUGACAAAUGUUGAAAGUGCUCGCAGUGCUUUGUUAAGGCAUUUAAACCAGAUAUCAUCAAACAGGUGGCUCAUGAUUAAGAUAUUUGCCAUUUUGGUCUUUUUCUUGAUGGUAUUCAUCUUCUUUGUGGUUUAAUACUUACCAAUGAGAACCCUUGUAUUAUUGUUGCAUCCGGAGUUCUAUUCCUUUGUCAUACCAUUGAUCCUGUCUAUAGAUUAUUUGUCAAGUAUAGGUUGCCCAUUGUGGAAACUGGGGAGUAUAUAACCAUUGUUCUUGUACAUGUGCUUGUUGCUUACCAUUUUGUUGCUACCUUGUUUAGGAAGCAUGUUUACAGCAACAUUUUCAUGGGUUGAAAUUAUAAUGAAAGAUAUUCUAUUAGUUGACACAUGGAGUUGUAACUGCUUGACUUCUUCUUGAUACAGAGUUCUGCAAUGGUAUUUUAACUAUUACGGUA